CUGUUCUCCACCAACAUAGCUCCCUGAUAGAAAAUUCAGGUUUAGGGCUCGAAAAUAAUUUAUAUCAAUCGCAAAAAAAGCGAAAAAAUAUAUAAAUAGCAUUUACCAAAAACUAUCGAGUUAGCAUCGGGAUAUUCUCGAUUUUGAGAAUUUAUAAUGGCCACUGCAUUUUCGUGUACGACUUGCCAUGUAGCAUUUCACAGUGCUGAUUCUCAGAAAGUCCACUGGAAAUCUGAUUGGCACCAUUAUAAUUUGAAGAGAAAGGUGGCUAGCCUUCCUCCCUUGUCUGCUGAUGUCUUUGCCGAGAAAAUUCUCUCAAUCCAAAAGCAUAAUGAAGCUGUUCAGAAAAAGGCCGAGUUUUACCGUGAGUGUAACUAUUGUAAUAAGAAUUUCUAUUCAGAAGGCGCCUAUUCUUCUCAUUUAGCUUCGAAGAAGCAUCGUGAAAAUGUUCGCAAAUUUGAGAUUAAGUCUCGUAAGGACAGCUUGAAACAAGAUGAUACAAGCAGCAUAACCUCAUCAACCCUUUCCAUGGGAGAACCUGUUGAUGAAAGUGCUGAGGAAGAAGAAAUCCAAAAUCUGUCAAAACGCUUGGCUUCUGAGUCAGUUUCAGUCUCUGAUUCUUUAAGAAAUGGAUCUAACCUGAAGGAUACUUCUCAAGCACAAGCAUCUGCAUCAAAGAUACCAGCUGAACCAACUUCGGAAGACUUCGAAAAGGAACUUGCUCGUCGCGUUAGUCAAAAACUUGGCUUAAAAGACUGCCUCUUUUGUAAUUCUUCAUUCUCUUCUUUUGACGCAAGUAAGAAACACAUGAAAGCGAUUCAUAGCUUGUUUAUUCCCGAGCGAGAAUUUGUUGUAGACGAACCAGGGUUGUUUGAGUAUUUAGCAGAAAAGGUUUCUAUUGGUUACACUUGCUUAACUUGCAAUCGUCAGUUUAAAUCAUUGGAAGCUGUUCGAUCCCACAUGCAGCAAAAAGGACAUUUCUCUAUAGCUUAUGAUACUGAUGAGGAACAACUUGAGCUUUCUGAUUUCUACGAUUUCAGCGCUUCUUACCCUGAUUACGAGAAGCCUCAAGAAAUUGUUGAUGUUGAAAAUGCAGAGAACGACGAAAAUUGGGAAGAUGCAUCAAGUGAUUCUGACUCCAGCGUAGAUAGUUUGGAUGUUGGUAGAGUACCUAUUGCUGAAGAAUAUGAACUUCAUUUGCCGACUGGUGCUCGUGCUGGUCAUCGUUCUUUAUCUCGUUAUUUCCGUCAAAAUAUUCGCCCUGCUAGUGCUACUGCUGUUGGUGAUGGUGCUGCUGUCCAUCAAAAUGUUGCCAGUCGUGCCCCCAGCGGAGAAGCGAUGGCUCGCAGUCGCGCUGUGGAAAGUAGUCUUGCAGGUGUUAAAGAUGGAAGGAAAAAGUUUAGUGCAUCUCAUAUUAAUACUCACCAAGAUCGUCAAAAGAAAGAGCGGUUCUUUACCAAAUUGGCCUAUAAGAAUAAUACUAAGCGUCACUAUCGGGAUCCACUUUUGCAAUAAUUUCUUAAAAUCAUUGCGUCUUUUAAUAAUAUAGUUAGUUAUGAAAGAACAAAAAGGGAACUGUUUGGUUUGUAUAACUUUUAUACUGGUACUGGUGUGUUUAUGAAUAAAUAUUUUGGUUGAUUUGAAACACUUAUGCUUGAUUUUGUUUAGAAAUUUUGAUAAAUAUAUUGAAGUAUUUCCGUUAGUGUUAGCAAGAUGAAGGCAUCAUUUGGAUUCAUGUAUCUUUUAAUCCUACAUCAUUUUUCAAAGUACAACGUUUAGGACAACUAUUUUUUAUCUUAGAAUAAAAUUAUAC